AUGAUAAUAUUGUCAGUUUUAUUCUUAUAUUUUUUGCCUAAUGCCUUGUCAUUUAUCAUUGGUGAUAAUCUAGCAACAAAAAGUAAUGCUAAUCAACCAUUUUUGUUUUUACCUCAGUUAAUGUUACCCACAACAACAACAUAUCAAUUUACAUAUGAAGGUCAAGUUAUGAAUUCAAGAAUCUCAGGCUAUUGUUAUAUUGAACCUGUUAUGUCUUUGGAUCAGCAUCUUAUUGGUUAUCGUGAUUGGCAAAAUUUUAUUGACGAGUUUGAGGCUAUAUUCUAUGGUGUGUCUUAUUUGAAUGGUAGUCGUGCUCAAGCUACAAUUGAUCCACAGAAUGGUAUAUGUAUAAAUAAGUUUACAGAAAUAAUGAAUUGUGUCGGAUGGAAACAAGAACAGCAGUUAAUAUAUCAAAAUACAUGUUAUGUAAAACAAACGAAUACAUUAGCAGAAAAAAAAAUAGUUAUUAUAUUACAAUCAAAUAUAAAUGAUCCAAAUAAAUCAUUCAAGAUAAGUUCAUAUACUACAAUAGAAGGUCAAGAAGUUGAAACAAAAUUGUAUUUUACAUCUGAAAAUAGACAAUCGAAAAUACCAUAUGUCAAUUGUGAGUUUUGA